AUGUCAUCACCAAUGAUUGGUGUUGUAAUUAUAAAUCGAAUUGUUUUUUCUAUUGAAAAUCUUUCAAACAAUAUAUUUAAUGAUUCUGAUAUUUAUUUUGCAUUAGCAAUAACUGAUGGUAUUGCUGAUUGUACACAAGCACUUAUAUGUUCACCUGUUGAACUUAUUAAAACACGUUUACAAAUGCAAGAUAUUGGACAACAAAGAACGUUAUUUAUCUUAUUAACACAUUCAUAUAAAAAACCAAUUCAUUGUUCAAAGAAAUCAUGUAAAAGACGAGAUAUUCAGCGUGAAACUAUGCGUGGCAAAGAAAUUGAUAUGUCUGUUUUUUUAAGUUUAAUUGAUGAUGGUUUUACGAGUAUUGCUGCAUGGACAGUUUCAUAUCCAUUUGAUGUUAUUAAAAGUCGAUAUCACGCAACACGUGAUCAUAGAUAUGAUAUAUGGUGUGUAUUACCAGCAGCAUUUCCUGAAAAUUAUGAAUUAAUAAUACGUGAUCCAUCACGUCCAAAAUUUAUUAUAUCUUAUCCAUGUAGUUUAUUAAAUUUAAUCAUUAAAGAUCAUUAUACAAAUGAUCAAUAUCAUGAAUUAGUUGAUAAAGGUAAACAAAUUUAUGAAAUUUGUUUAGAAAAUUCAAUUUUUUUUUAA